CUCAGAUGCCUGCUUCGGCAAACCCAAUUCGUGGCGGAUAAUCACUCAGGUCUCCCCCCUUGCAUUGCAAGUCUUGUCGGCAUCGCUAUCGGGCCAAAUCCCUCCUAUCCGACAUCCCUGUCGAGUCAGGCGCUGACGACAUUGAAUCGCUCGACCUAGCCAAGCUAGCGCCCGACUAUUGGUGGUUUCGGUGGUUUAGACUGCCAUCGGCCGUUGGCGUCGCCGACAUCAACGGUUGGGGAAAAACACAUCAAAGCAGCACCUUCGUCCUGUCGCAAACGGUCGAGUAUGGGGUGAGCCCCCAGACAGGCCACUACUUAUACUCCGUAUCACUUCUCCAUCCUCCUCUCGGCCGUGCACGCCAGGGGCAUAUUGCAUCUUUGGCCCCUCGCAGGACCUGCAUCAAAAUCGCCAUGGCGACCCUCGACAGCGUCCCCGACGAGAUCAUCCGCCAGAUCCUGCACUACGUAUCGCCCGAGGACUGCUGCCUCAACAUACAACUUCUCUCCCAGAGGUUCAACCGCCUCGCCAAUGAGGCGCUGUUGUGGAGGUACUACUGCCUGGCAUCCUUCCGGUACUGGGACCAGUCGCAUAACCUCGCCGGCAAGCUCUCCCUGAGGGCCUCGCAGACGGCCUGGAAGAAGCUGUGGACGAGGCGCAAGAGGCGGAACCAGGAGAUCGCCCGGCUCCUUGACCAUGCCAUCUCGACAAAGGUCGGCCGGCUGCAGAAGAUGGGCGAAAUCUGCAAGUUCGGCUACGACGCCAAAGACUUCCUCGUGAGUCAGGCCCAGAUCGACGACUCCGCCGACGACGUCCUCGCCCGGCGCUACUACUCCAACACCGCCCUGGCCAGCAUCCACCGGAGCAUCGCAGUCCACGAGUGGUCCCGGUACCAGCGCGCACCCCUCGCCGCACAGGGGCUCGACCGCGCCCUCGCCGCAUUCGACAUGUUCUUUGUCCACGGCGCCGGCGACGACAUCGACGACACGUGCGCCACCCUCGACCGGCUGGCCAGCCGCUUCCUCGAGGAACAGGACGACGUCAGCAAGCUGUGCGCCCGCGACAAGGCCCUCGCCCUGCUGAAAUGGGUGCGCGACAGGAACCUGGUCGGCAUGGACGACCCUGACGAGAACUACCGCAACCUGCGAAACUGCCUCAUCGGGCACGCCCUGCGCGACGAGAGGCACCCUUCCCUCCCCAUCAUAUCUGCGGCCAUCUAUGCCUCCCUGGCCGACAGGGUCGGGCUGCGCGCCGUGUGCUGCGCCUUCCCGAGCCACGUGCAUGCCAUGGUCCUCGCACCGGCUGGGCAGGACCUCAACGGCAAGGCCGUGUCCGCCCCCGUCAAGGAUGUGGACAGGAUGUUCCUGGACCCCUACGGGUCGAGCGAGGAGAUCCAGUUCGACGACCUGCGGUCGCGGCUCGUGGAGCUGGACUGGAUCAACGGCAGGGAGGCCUUCCUGGUCGCCGCGCCCGUCCCCGUGAUGGUGCAGCGCGUGUCGAGGAGCCUGGCGGCCACCUUUGGCACAUUCUGGACCACGCGGCAGGAGGACCUGGCGUCGCUGCACGGCCGCCCCGCCUCCAAGCUGACCGUGGAGAGCGCCGCGUAUGCCGCGCGGUGGGCCAACCUGCUGAUGACCCCGGUGAGCAACUUCCAGUGGGACAGCACGCUCGACCAGUUCCUCAACCAGCUCGCGCAGCAGUUCCCCGAGGACGGCUGGAUGGUCGAGGAGUACAUACUGCCGCUGUACACCAUCUACACGCAGUCUGUCCAGCCGCGCAUCAGGUUCACCUGGGAGAACGUCCCGGAGAUGCUGGGGAUCAUCCGGAACAUGGACAACAGGCAGCCCACGGUCAACCGGCGGUACACCCAGGAGAUCCACCAGAACGUGUGGUACUCGGUCGGCCAGGUCUUCCGGCACAAGAGGUACGGCUACGUGGGCAUCAUCAACGGCUGGGGCGAGCGGGGCACCCAGUCCCUGCCCAUGCCGCACAACAUGUCGUUUGAGGAGGCCAUGGACGACAUGGGGGACUCGGGGACCGACAGCGACACGGUCAGGCAGCGCCUCCGGAAGAAGACGUUCUACACCUGCCUUAAGCACGAUCACGACCGCCAUGUUGUCGCGCAGGACAGGAUCGAGAUCGUGCGUGACCCGAGGCUCAUACCCGACGCCCUGAUGCAGAUGGCAGGCAAGUUCUUCAAGCGGUUCGACCGCAAGACGUGCACUUUUGUCUCCAACAUCAAGGAGUACUUCCCGGAUGACUAAUUGCAAGCGCUGCGCGUGGCAUCCGGACGCAAAUCUAUAUUAGGCGGAUGCACUCUUCUCCUCCGUGCCCGCCCAUUUCUUUUUGGUCAUUGUUCUUUUCAGUCACACAUACCCUAGGCUUUCAAUGAGGAUUACCUGCAGCUCUUAUAUCCCUGGCGUGAGAAUGGAAAAUAGAGAAGGCGGGCGUGCUGUGUGAUAGACUGCCCACGUUGAGAUUGCCUCUCAAUGCCCGGGGGCCCAAUUUUGACCCACCACAUCUAAUUUCCAUGACUUUGUCUCCUCGGACCGUGACCAUGUCUUGCCCCUGUACUGAAUAAUUCGUAUACUUGU